AUGAAUUCAGAUAAUUUCCCAUUGAAAUUCCGCCGAGCGUCCAGCAAACUUCACAAGGACAAGGACGCCCCUAGUUUCAGUUCGCGCAUUCUUCGGAGUCAUCAAAGCACCAGCUCGUUGAAACGCACCCCCUCCGCCCCCGUCUAUCCGCGCUCUUCUCCUAGCGGCAGCCGCGAGCACAACCGGUCGCGAUCCAACGCACAAUUCCCAGGUUCUUCAUCCUCAUCAUUGGAACAGCACAGUGGCGGUCCAACGCCAUCCCACGACGAAUCAAGUGGCUUUUUUUCCGGCUUCACUUCCCGUUCCCGAACCCGCAGCUCCCACCGCUUCUCCUACAACGAGCAGAGCUCGGAUGAACUAAACGCCCCUUACGAAACGCGGGGCAUGCUCAGUGCCCUAGAUGAGAACAGCGCUGAGACAGAGCCUCAUUCCCAGCAAAAGCCCGGACUCCGCUCCCACCAUACUAGCCCCGAUCCUCGCGGACGCCACUCACUUCGUCAAUCAGCCAGCUUUACUACUUUAUCGCAAAAAAUGGAUUCAUUCGCUCAUCGGGAGACUGAAAAGGUCCCCAAUGGUACCAAUGGUAAUAAACGGUAUUCCGAUGAUAGCAACCCCACGAUAGCGCGAACGAGACAGAGCAAGAAGGCGAGCUUCUCCAGGUUUGUCGACAGCAUGCUUGGAAGUCCCGGUCGCAACAUGAAAAUUUCGGCUCCAGAGAAUCCAGUCCAUGUCACCCACGUCGGCUACGACAAUCAGACCGGUCAAUUCACCGGUCUUCCCAAAGAAUGGCAGCGCCUGCUACAGGAGAACGGAAUCUCGAAGAAGGAGCAGGAGGAGCACCCGCAAACUAUGAUGGAUAUCAUGCGAUUCUACGAAAAGAACACCCGCGGCGACAGCGAUGAUGAGGUCUGGCACAAAUUCGACAAUGCGCAAGCUACAAGCCCAAGUGGGCGCCAAUCGCCUCCAGGAAGUCCACGAUUUCCGCAAAACCACGAAAGCAGCUUUGAGAAUCCACGAUCACCACCGCCCAUUCCUCGCGGCCCUCCGGCCGUCACCACCUCCAUGCCUCCUUCGCUAGGUGGCAUGGUGCCUCAUCGUGCUCCCCCGAAGCCACCGACCGGGAUGACCCCCUCCCGCCCUGCUCCUCAACGCCCGGUCUCAAGCUCGCAAGGAACCCCGCAACAGCAGCAACCGCAACCGCAAUCGCAACCGCAACCGCAACCUCAACGCGCGCAGGAUACCUUUGGCCCUACGUUUGACACCCCGACCAUUCCGGAAACCGAAGCAUUGCCAGCGUCGCCUCACCGCACUCCCUCUGGCUCCCGGAAUGGCACUCAAGCGACGAGCCCCCCUAAUGUCAUCGCAUCCCCAACACAAUACCAGCGGCAGCAGGAGCAGGUCAUGGCCGCAGCUCAGCAGGCCUUGGAUCGGAAUCGCAGCCAGCGCCAACAGGCACAGCAACCCCCCGCGAUUUCCACAUCUACCACUGCUCCAGCACCUGAUCUUUCGUCUGGGGUCUCACCUGCUACGCGCGCCCCACCUGCUGCUCGCCCACGCCAGCGCCAGCGCCAGAGCGAGUCGUUGGAUAUUCGAUCGCGCCUAAUGUCCAUUUGCCACCCUGGCGAUCCUACGCAGAUAUAUUACAAUCUCAAUAAGAUCGGCCAAGGUGCCUCAGGCGGUGUGUUCACCGCUUACGAACACCCUCACAAUAACUGCGUUGCUAUCAAACAGAUGAACUUGGACUUGCAGCCGAAGAAGGACUUGAUUAUUAAUGAGAUUUUGGUCAUGAAGGACAGCAAGCACAAGAACAUCGUUAACUUCUUGGAGUCCUUCCUUCAUGGGCCGGAUCUGUGGGUUGUCAUGGAAUAUAUGGAAGGUGGUAGUCUGACAGAUGUGGUCACCUUCAACAUCAUGAGCGAAGGACAGAUUGCGGCUGUCUGUCGAGAGACUCUGAGCGGCCUUCAGCAUCUGCACUCCAAGGGAGUUAUUCAUCGCGAUAUCAAAUCCGACAACAUCCUCCUAGCAAUGGAUGGCAACAUCAAGCUGACUGAUUUUGGUUUCUGUGCUCAAAUCAAUGACUCGCAUCACAAGCGGAACACUAUGGUUGGCACUCCAUAUUGGAUGGCCCCCGAGGUUGUUACUCGCAAGGCGUAUGGCCGUAAGGUCGACAUCUGGAGUUUGGGUAUCAUGGCCAUUGAGAUGAUCGAGGGCGAACCACCAUACCUGACAGAGUCGCCCUUACGAGCCCUAUAUCUCAUUGCCACCAAUGGAACACCCGCCAUUAAAGAUGAACACAACUUAUCCCCCGUUUUCCGCGAGUUCCUUCACUUUGCUCUGAAGGUCGAUCCUGAGAAGCGUGCAUCGGCACAUGACCUACUGAAGCACCCAUUCAUGUCCCUCUGCGCGCCACUCUCGCACCUCGCCCCCUUGGUUAAGGCUGCCCGUAUCAGCCGUGCCCAAGAAAAAGCCCAAAAAGGAGGUGCUUGA